UGUCGGACCGCGUGAAUACAAAAGCAGCGUUACUUUGAAGGUAAAAUUUUGGGGAAAUUAUCAUAUCGUGGUAUGCCCACAUUAAGUCGGAAAAAACUACACCACCAGCUGGAAAAUGUUAAGACAUUUCAAAACCCAAAACUUGAGUUUGAACAGUACUGUACCUCAGCACAAGUUGCAGCGGACAUCUUGUUUAAUAUUCAAAUGACAGAUAAUGCAUUGGAAGGGAUGUCUGUAGCCGAUCUUGGAUGUGGUACUGGAAUGUUGUCUAUCGGUGCUAAACUCCUUGGAGCUAGUUGUGUACUUGGAUUCGAAAUUGAUGAGGAUGCUGUGAAUGAGUUUCAAUCAAACCUAGGAACAUGUGAAAUGCUAGAUGAAAAUAUUGAUGUUACUUUGUGUGAUGUAGCACGGCUCUUUCAUGGGAACAACAAGAAAUUUGUGGAUACAGUUAUUCUAAAUCCUCCUUUUGGCACUAACCCGAAAAAUAAUGGUAUUGACAUGGCAUUCCUACGUGCUGCGCUGUCCAUUGCCCACUUACAUGUAUAUUCGCUCCAUAAAACUACCACACGAAACCAUGUUCUACAUACAAUACAGAGUACUGGUGCACAGGGCAAAGUGGUUGCAGAACUUCGCUAUGACCUGCCUCGUUUAUACAAGCGUCAUCGUUAUAAUACAGUAGAUAUAGCUGUUGACUUGGUUCAUUCGUGGUUUUAG